UUUUGGUCAACAAUGUAAAAAAAACUGAACAAGAGGCUGGGGAAGCGCUAUUUAAGUCAGUUCAUAAUACAUUAUUCAACCUUCUCUAUUCAGUUAUAUUCUGGGCUGAAAUAGUGCUUGUCCAGAACUUUUGUAAGUACUUUUAAUCAGCAACUUUAUAAAAGCUGAUAUAAAGCUGAAAAGGAGCUUUAAUUUAAUUAAAUCGUUCAUAUUCGUUGCAAAAGGUGUAUACUUAAGUUCGAUGAAAAAUGGCUUCUGCAGCUGAUGAUUAUUAAGUAUUAUACAAUUGCUUAUAUUUGCUAUAUAAUUUUAAUUAUUUAGAUAAAAGAUAUACACUGUGCUUUACUUAAUAUUUAAAAAAUAUGGAUAAAAAAUCAAUUCAAAAUUUUAAAAAAAUAAAAAAAUCUGGCCAUUAUUACCGAAAAUUAAAGGUAAACCGUUCAAAUUAUGAAGAGUUUUUAAAAAAUCUAUAUGCACCAAGUAGUGUUUCUUCUCAUUCAAAAGCUAACGACACAGCAUCAGGAUCAGGUAAUUUUGUUUUAAUUUUGUGAGUAUAUUUUAAAUAAAAAAUAAUUUGUUACAUAGGUUCUAAAGAACAGGAGUGUAUUUCUAGCACAUCAAGUGAUCUUGACGAUAAUCUAAUGGAAACCAGUGAAACAUCAGAUGAUGGUGACCAGUUUAUUGAUGAAGACAUUUUUAAAACAGAAGAUACUGAAACGCAAUUAUUGCCUUGUUCAAGUACCGAAUUAGGAAAUUGGGCAAUCCGACAUAAUAUUACACAUGCAGCUCUAAAAGAUCUCCUACAAAUAAUCAAGAGACAGUAUGAUUCUAGUUUAUUUAUCGAUGCUAGAACAUUAUUAAAAACGCCAAAAAAUACGAAAAAAAGUUGUAAAGUUAUACAGGGUGGAGAAUAUUGGCAUCAAGGUCUUGACGUUUGUCUAACGAACACUUUUAAAAACUUGUCAAAAGACAUGUUAAUACAGCUCAAUGUAAAUAUAGAUGGGUUGCCAAUAUAUAAAAGUUCCAAACGUCAGUUUUGGCCAAUUUUAUGUAGCAUAUAUGAAAUGCCUGAUAUACAGCCUAUGAUUGUUGGCAUUUUCCAUGGAAAUAACAAGCCUCUAGAUAUAAAUGAAUUUUUGGAGCCUUUUGUUGAGGAUGUUAAGCGGCUGCAAUCAAAUGGACUCUGUGUUAAUGGGCAUAUGAUUCACAUAAAAAUUAGAUGCUUUAUCUGCGAUUCACCUGCACGGGCAUUUAUUAAAGGUGUAGUCAAUUUCAAUGGGAUUAAUGGAUGCCUUAAAUGCACUACUGAAGGCGAAUAUUCUUAUCUUUCUCGAACUGUUGUAUUUCCUGAUAUAAAAUGUCCUCUUAGAACUGAUGCAAAAUUCAGAAGUAAACAUUAUGGUAAGCACCAUAAAGGGCAAGAGUCACCAAUUUUGAAAAUUUCCGAAGUUGACAUGGUGCAGGAUUUUAUAGUAGCAGAUGAACUACAUCUUUUAGAGCUAGGUGUGAUGAAGCGUUGUCUAACAGGAUGGAAAGAUGGUUCUAUGGGUUUCUCAAGUAAGCUAUGUGCUCGUGAUAUUGAGAGGAUCUACAAACAUUUAAUAUCUGUGAAACUUCCAUCUGAAAUUCAUCGUUCCACAAGAGGAUUAGAUUGCCUGGCAUACUGGAAAGGAGUAGAAUGGCGCAAUUUUCUUAAUUAUAUUGGAAUUGUUAUUUUAAAAGAUGUGUUGAACACUGACGUUUAUAAACAUUUUUUACUUCUUUUUGUUGCUGUUAGAAUAUGUUCUUCUGACAUGUAUGCUGAAAAUCGUUCGGUUGCCCAAUUAAUGUUUGAAAAAUAUAUAGAUGAUUUUAAGAUUAUUUAUGGCGUACAAUUUAUUACAAGCAACAUUCAUAACUUAGAACAUGUGGUUGAUGAUGUUAAUAGAUUUGGACAACUUUUUACAAUAUCUACGUACCCAUUUGAGAAUACAUUAUUUCAACUAAAAAAAUUAUUGCGCCAAGGAAAUAACAGUUUGCAGCAAAUUGUUAAUAGAAUUGGCGAAAGAAAUUUAAUAUUGAGCAAUGAUACAAAAAAGACAAGUUUACAGCCAGAAAUUAAGAAAAGGGGGAAUGUUAUCAAGUGCUACAUUUAUUCUCAUAAUUUUUGUUUAAGUAAUGUUUUCAAAAAUUCAUGGUUUUUAACAAAUGACAAUGACAUUGUUCAAAUGAAUUCUGCAUCAGAAAAAGGUGGUAAAAUAUUCAUACAUGGAAAAUCUGUUAAGAAAAAAGAAGAUUUCUUUAGUUAUCCCAUUCGAUCAUCAAAUUUACACAUAUAUAUUUGCAACAUUACAAAUUUAAAUAAUAUGAAACUUUAUUUGCUAGAGAAUGUUGUUUGUAAAAUGGUUGUUAUAAAAUACAAUGAAAGUAAAAUUGUUUUUAUUCCUCUUCUACACACUAUUAAAAAUAAACAAAACUUGAAUGUAAAUUAA